GAGCUCACUCUCAGCAUCUCCUUCUCUCUCUCUCUCUCUCUCUCUCUCUGUUCCCUUUCCUUCCUUAUCCUUCCCCUGAUAAACCAGAAACUAGAGAUUUCCUCGCCGGGAAUCGCGCUCUCAGAUAUCCCAUUUCCAUUUAUUUUUAUUUUUUUUGUAUAUAUGUAGUUUUUGUCGUCUUCGUCUUCUUCUUCUCGGCCACCUCGAGCCGAGAGUGAGAGAGAGAAAAUUUGGCUGUUAAAUCAAUCGGAGACUGUUUCCGAGUCUAUCUCCAGCUGAGCGUAAUUGCUGCCGGUCGAUCCUCUUUAUUAUUCUUGUCCCCUUCGGUUUCUUCGCUCUCGGAACUGCAUUUUGCUCCCUUGAGUGGCCGAGCACGCUAGGAAUCCGAAUCUCUCUCUGUUUGUUUGAUCCUUGGGAGUAGAUAAGAAGGAUUUCCUGAAUGGCAGUAAGGUUAUCGGUGCAUGAGAACUGAUCAAAUGCAUCUGCGGGCAUAAAUUAACAGGGAGAUCAGGUUAGAGAACUGGCUGAGUUGUUUUCCCAAGAUGAGCUGGAACAUGGAUGUUCAAUAUGUCGCCACUAACUAUCCUUACAACACAUCAGGGAGCUUUAUGGAAUACUUUGAGGGUCUGACAUAUGACCACGUGAAUUUCAUAUUUUCUGGCACUUCGCAUGGUCAGGAUAGUUUAUACCCAUCGAUGAAUACAAGUUAUUACAAGUUUGGUUCGUCGGAACCUGGAAGUUAUUCAUAUUAUGAUCAGGGUCAUGCUUAUGAGGUGAAUGCCCAUGGACAAGAAUAUUAUGAGAAUAGAAGGCCAUUGGUUAGCUCGCCAAUGACACCUCAUCAACAGACUGCAGCUGCAAAUAGUGAAUGGGGUGGAAGCACAAAUGCAAAUUCACAUGAAAAUGCAGCAGAGUGUCCUCGGAGACAUCAAACCUCACAUGAUUAUCAGGUAAUUUGGCAAGAUAAUAUAGAUCCUGACAGCAUGACUUAUGAGGAACUGCUUGAGCUAGGCGAGGCAGUUGGAACUCAAAGUCGAGGUCUUUCCCAAGAACUCAUAUCUUUGCUUCCUACCUCUAAGUACAAGCGCGGUUUUUUCUCGAGAAAGAGAUCACGACACGAAAGAUGCGUAAUAUGUCAGAUGGAAUACAAAAGAGGAGACCGCCGCAUGACUCUUCCAUGCAAUCACAUCUACCAUGCUGGGUGUUGCUCCAGAUGGCUUAGUAUUAAUAAGGCUUGCCCCAUAUGUUACACCGAGGUAUCCAUCGACACAUCGUCGACGACGACAGUAAAGAAGUAGUCGCUCCAUUGGUGAACAUAAAAGGGAUUGUUGGUUUUCGUUCUUUCCCUCUUUGAUUUCGCUCGCUUGUCGAGCUGGGGACACAGAGGGGCUUGCGUGGCGUUUUUUCGCUCCUCUAACUGCCCGGUAGAAACUUUGGUUUAAAGGCAGGAUACAUAGUGGGGUAACAUGAAGGAGCGGGAUGGUUUGUGAGAUAGCUGGAGGUUUUUUAAUCAUUCUAUUAGAUUACGAUUAUCCUAUAGUUUUUAAAUCCUUCAUUACAUUCAUUAAUAUUGUCCCACUUGGGUUUCAUCUUUCUCCCCGUUUAGCGUGCUGCGUUUUCUAAGAUUGGGCAUGUAUCGUCCCAUGAAAUCAAUGACAAUGCUUUGAAGCUGGUGAAGAGUGAAGGAUUACAAAUCCCAA